AUGGAGGGAAAUACAAGGGCUCAGUAUGAUCCUUUAGAAGGAGGAAAACAGAGUGCCUCUGUUCCUCUCGCGACAAAGAAGACUGUUAGUUCUUGGGUGCACCUUCUUGCAGGCGCGAGCGGAGGAAUGGCAACGGCGAUAGUGACUUCCCCUCUUGAUGUCUUGCGAACACGCCUCCAGUCCGACUUUUAUCAACCCCAAAAUAGGGGCUCCGACGCCUCUCCCCAAUCAAACCAACCUCAAACAUCACGGUCUCUUCAACGAUCAAAUCAUAAAACGCUGCGGAUUAUCAACUCCAUCUAUCGUGCCGAGGGCUGGCGAGCCUUUUUCCGGGGCCUCGGCCCUAGCAUGGCGGGUGUAGUCCCGGCGACAGCCAUCAAGUUUUACGUAUACGGAAAUUGCAAGCGUAUUGGAGCUCAGCUCAUGGGAUACAAAGAAGACUCUGCUUUUGUCCAUGCCCAAGCUGCAAUCUGCGCCGGACUCGCAACUUCCACAGCAACGAAUCCUAUAUGGCUUGUCAAAACACGGCUGCAACUCGACAAAACACAAACACACGCCGCUGGUCCUUCGACUCGACGAUAUCGGAAUAGCAUUGAUUGCAUCAGGCAAGUCAUGCGAAAUGAGGGACUGGGUGGCUUUUAUAGAGGAUUGAGCGCAAGCUAUCUCGGCUCCAUUGAAACGGCUCUACACUUGGUGCUCUACGAACAGUUGAAGACUAGGCUCAACCGGUCAUUAGAAGCUACCGAGGGACAGCCUAGGACUCCCUUCUGGGACGAAGUGUUCCAUUGGGUUAGUACUAGCGGUGCCGCGUCUUCUGCUAAGCUAGUGGCAGGUCUAAUCACAUAUCCUCAUGAGGUCAUCCGAACACGAUUGCGCCAGGCACCUAUGGAGCAUGGUCAGGCCAAAUACACAGGUCUGUUGCAAUGCUUCCGUACCAUCGCCAAAGAAGAAGGUAUGGCAGGGUUGUAUGGAGGCCUAGCUCCUCACAUGCUCCGCUCUUUGCCUUCAGCUAUCAUUACGCUUGGCGUAUAUGAAUUUGUGCUGAGGGUCACUGGCGCUUAG